UCUCCCCCCACCCAGCAGCCCGUCCCUCCCCUCCGCCGCUCCCGACGCUGCAGCCGCCACCUCCUCCUCCUCUUCGUCCCAACCCCCAGCCUCUCUCGCCCGCUCGCUCUCCAUCUCCUCUCACUGGCUCUCCCUUUCCCGCCGGCGGCCCUGGCAGAGUAGGCACCGCAGGGCGGAGGCGGGGGGGAAUCUCCAUGCAACACCAUGACAGGCAUCGCCGCCGCCUCCUUCUUCUCCAAUACCUGCCGCUUCGGGGGCUGCGGGCUUCACUUCCCAACCCUGGCGGAGCUCAUCGAACACAUCGAGGACAACCAUAUCGAUACGGACCCACGUGUAUUAGAAAAACAAGAAUUACAACAACCUACAUAUGUUGCUCUCAGUUACAUUAAUAGGUUUAUGACUGAUGCCGCACGACGGGAACAGGAAUCUCUCAAGAAAAAAAUCCAACCUAAACUCUCCUUGACCUUAUCAAGCUCAGUGUCCCGUGGGAAUGUAUCUACUCCUCCACGUCACAGCAGUGGAAGCCUUACUCCACCUGUCACACCACCCAUCACCCCUUCCUCCUCAUUUCGUAGUAGCACACCCACAGGUAGUGAAUAUGAUGAAGAAGAAGUAGACUAUGAAGAUUCAGAUAGUGAUGAGUCCUGGACUACAGAAAGUGCCAUCAGUUCUGAAGCUAUAUUAAGUUCCAUGUGUAUGAAUGGAGGAGAUGAGAAACCUUUUGCUUGUCCUGUUCCUGGGUGUAAAAAGCGAUAUAAGAAUGUGAAUGGUAUAAAGUAUCAUGCCAAGAAUGGCCACAGGACACAGAUCCGGGUGCGGAAACCCUUCAAAUGCCGCUGUGGAAAGAGUUACAAGACAGCUCAGGGUCUGCGGCACCAUACAAUCAAUUUCCACCCACCAGUGUCUGCUGAGAUUAUCAGGAAGAUGCAGCAAUAA